AUGCGACGCGUCUUGGACGCGUUCUGGUCUCCCUCCGACCGCGACGAGGGACUCGACAUGUUCAUACAACCGCCCAAGGAAUCGGAGCCUGGAAGAGCUUCAUACGGAGAGGCAUACGCCGAAAUACUAGCCGCCCAUAGGCGGAACCCACACACAGCUGCCGCAAGUGUAGUGCUACUAUGCGCACCGGAUGUUGAUGCCCUAUGUGCCGCCCGAAUGCUGGCCGAGUUGCUCAGACACGACGAUGUCACCCACCGAAUCAUCCCUGUGGCCGGCCUUGCCCAUCUGGCCACAAUACGCGACGAGCUAAUGAUAAAUCCCGCAAUGCAUACUUUAAUCAUGCUCAAUAUGGGCGCCGUUCUGCCACUCGCUUCAGAAGGUCUCUUCGGCGGAUGCCCGAACUUGACCGUGCAUGUCAUCGAUAGUACGCGGCCUAUCGAGCUUGCGAACAUGUUCGGAGGUGUGGGAAGGAGUGGUGAUGAGGAGGAUGAGGAGGAUGAAGCGGUGGGGGACACUAGGGUCCUAGUCUGGGCGGACAGUGGUGCGGACAAGAUAGAGGAACUGCGAACGCCAUGGCAGACUGUACAGUGGGCAGGCGAAGACUAUGACCCGUCCGACGAAGAAGAUGAUCUGCCGGACAUGGAUGACGACGAAGAGGACGAGGAACUAGAGGACGAAGAUGAGGACGAGGAUGAAUCCGGCAGUCCGACACGAAAGCGGCGAGCACGCGGCUCUCCGUCGCGCGCGAGGAAGCGACAUCGGCCAGAUAAGGAUCGCGCCGGUUUACCUACGCGAGACGAGAUGGAUAUGCAUCGAGCCAGAUUGGACAAAUAUGAGCGAGCGGGAUACUCGUACGGUCAGAGUACGGCCGGUACUGUGUAUGUCCUGGCUACCAUGCUCGAGCGCGUGGACAAUGACUUUCUAUGGUUAGCAAUUCUGGGACUCACGCACCAGUACCUGACUUCUCGAAUAUCACGGACAGCGUAUGAUAAUAUACGCUCACUGUUGGCCGACGAAGUUGCUCGUCUGAACGCAGCGCCACCACCUGGCGACCCUCAUGCACUCGCCGCACGAGGACCUGACGAUCACGGUCUUCGAGCAGUGGAUGAACUCAGGUUCGCACUAUGGCGCCAUUGGACGCUGUACGACAGUAUGCUCCAUAGUUCAUACGUAGCGGGCAAGCUCGGUGUCUGGAAGGAAGCUGGCCGAAAGCGACUGACUGGGCUCCUUGCUAAGAUGGGGUUCUCCGUACUUCAGACACAGCAGUUGUACGCGCAUAUGGACACAGACCUCAAGAAAGCGCUGCGGGAGAAGCUCGAUGACAUCGCGCCUGAAUACGGUCUACUUGAUCUCGUGUACCCUUCCUUCGUCCGAUGCCACGGCUACGCGACCCCACCUCUCUCAGCGGCCGACGCCGUAGAUGGUCUCUCCGCCUUACUCGAUGCUGCGACAGGGGUUCGCAUAGAGGUCGAAGUGGACGGUGCACGCCAUGGUGGCGAGUGGUUCGGCGGAGGGAAAGUAUGGCGAGCGAACGGGCGGUGGAAUGUCACCGAUGAGGAGGGCGGCAAAGCCAAGGGCCAGAACGGCGAGGGCGCUGACGAGGCUGCGGCUGCAGAAGAUGAAGAGAACGAAGGAAAGGAGAACACGGAGUUCACAAAGAACUUCUGGAACGCCUUCGACGCGUUAGCUGAUAUUGAGCGCCUGCAUGCGGCACUUGGUCUCGCGAAGGCAAUUCACCGGGCGACGACGCGGCAAGCGAGUGCGCUCAUGGACCGUAACGAGAUCCGUGCUGCUCGAACGCACCACUUCGUCCCAUUGCGCCAGGGUCCGGACCUGCCAUUAUUCGCGCACCCGGGUUUACUCACGCGUCUGGGCCUGUGGCUCACGGAUGCUCUAAGAGAUCGGAUGGCUAGUAGAGGUGGCAGCGGCGGUAUUGGAAGAAGGAAGAGGAAGGGUAUGCCCUUGCUGUUAGCGUGCUGGCGCGAAGGAAAGGGGACGUGGAUGGUCGUUGGUAUCUGCGCGAGCCUGGAGUUCGGCGAAGUGGAGAAGAAUGACUUCGGUCUGCGCUUCGCAGAUGCCAAAACUACGAGCCAUGCUCGUACGCGUUUGGGCGCGUUUGACACGAAUGUUGUGGAGGUCAACGAACAGGACUUCGACCGCUUUGUUUCCGACCUUGCGUCUGAGGCGCAUUAG